AUGCACUUUUUAUGCUUCCAUGGCAUUGGUACCAACUCUGAGACAUUUAAACAGCAAACCGCCGCAAUUCGAUAUGAGCUUGGUGAUGGCCACAGCUAUGACUUCGUUGAUGGAACAUUACCAUGGGAAAUGGACAAAGCUCUAAAAGAGUUCAUGCGUUCCGAGGAGGAAACAUUUGCUUAUUGCAAUCCAACCCAACCAGAGACCUGCUUGACCGCUGUCCAUCAUCUUGACCGUUAUUUGGAAGUCGAGGGGCCCUACGACGGCGUUAUAGGGUUUAGUUUGGGGGCAACAUUCGUAUUGUCAUGGAUGAUCAACAAAGCCUGGGAGAGAAAACGUGACAAGUCUGUGGAGCUUCCUUUCAAAGUCGGGAUUUUCUUCUCCAAUGCCGGUCGGCUCCUGGAUUAUAGUGACCAGAUUGCAAAAUCUAUAGUCCCUUUUGAUCCUGUCGCUAUUGAUGGACUUCUUGAUAUACCCACAGCUCAUAUUUGGGGAAUCAGCGACCCAGACAAGGAAAAUGCUCAACUGGCGAUGCAGGCAUGCAAUGAGGAAACUAGAUCUGUGUUUAUUCAUGACAGGGGCCACGAAGUCCCUAUGUCUGCUGAAAAUGUCAUUUCUGCGGCUAAGGUGAUCAACAGGGCCAUCAUACGGGCUCAAGGUUUCAAUUGA